AUGCCGCCACCACGCCUGGAAUGGAACCCAUGUCCUUCGAGUCUGAAGGUCUUCGGACAUCCGGUCAUCAUCUCACAAAUCAUCGCAUCAGUAAAAGUCAUUAUCAUCGCCAUCAUCUCCCAGUUUCAGUCCUCUGUUGGACCAAGGCCUGCCUUACCCAAAGACUUCCAGUUUACCUAUAGAUCCUUCACGCUCAUCUUGGAGGCGCUGCACCACAACAACUACACUGAACCCUACGUGGACCGGCCCAUCGAGCGGCUCGCCUACUCGGGCCUGGUGCUGCCCAGCGAGGAGUGGCACACGCUGAGGCACCCGGGCCGCGCCGCUCAGCUCUCGUACCGCAUCCGGGUCACGUGCGCGGCCAACUACUACGGCCCCAGCUGCUGGACGCUGUGCAAGCCCCGGGACGACCGAUUCGGACACUACCGGUGCGCCCGCGACGGCUCCAAGCAGUGCCGGCCGGGAUGGACGGGCUCGACGUGCGAGACGCCCGUGUGCCGCCGCGGAUGUCACCCCGUGCACGGUUACUGCGAGCGACCCGGAGAGUGCAUCUGCAGGCCGGGCUGGCGGUCCGAGCUGUGCGACCACUGCGCCCCGUACCCGGGCUGCCGGCACGGAUACUGCAACAACACGCCCUGGCAGUGCAUCUGCGACCUCAACUGGGGCGGGAUACUGUGCGACCAGGACCUCAACUACUGCGGCACCCACGAGCCGUGCAUGAACGGGGGCACCUGCGAGCACACGGCCGGAGCGCAGCGGUACCUGUGCCGCUGCCGGCCGGGCUUCUCCGGCACCAACUGCGAACUGGGCCGCGGCGCGCCGCAGGGUUGCCUGCCGGCCGCGUGUCUCAACGGAGGAAGCUGCGUGCAGCGCAACGGCACCUGGGCGUGCGCGUGCGCGCCAGGCUGGACAGGGUACAGAUGCCAGGACCUGAGCGGCUGUCUGGCGCGUCCGUGCCAGAACGGCGGCGACUGCGUGGCCUCACCUCAGCCUCCGGGCUUCCGGUGCAUCUGCCCCGUGGGCUACGGCGGUGCGCGCUGCGAGCGGGACGAGGACCCCUGCCACCCGAACCCGUGUGCCCACGGAGCCUCCUGCUUCAGCCUGGGCGCGCACGACUACUACUGCCACUGCACCGACCGAUACCAGGGCAAGAACUGCACGCAGGACCGACCGUGCGGCGGUCCCGGAGGCCAGCCAUGCUCGUCCCCGGCUUCACUGCAGGGAUGCGCGGCCAUCGAAGAGCACGGCGGCGGUGCCUCGGUGUGCGGCCCGCAUGGCCGCUGCGUCUCCAGCGGCAGUGGACCGGCGACCACGUCGAGCUGCGUGUGCGACGCCGGCUACACGGGCCGCUACUGUCAUGAGAACAUCAACGACUGCGCUCAUCAACCGUGUGUGAAUGGAGGGACCUGCGUGGAUGCUGUCAACAGCUACAAAUGCAUUUGCCCGGAGGGAUGGGAAGGCCCACACUGCAGCAAAAAUCGAGAUGAGUGCCAACCUAAUCCAUGCCACAAUGGAGGCAGAUGCACAGACCUCAUCGCCGACUUCCUUUGCGAGUGUCAAGGACAAUGGAAAGGAAAGACCUGCAAUCUCCGUGAUUCUCACUGCGACAGCGACACGUGCCUCAAUGGUGGCACCUGUGAAGACAUUGGUGACACUUUUGUCUGCCACUGCCCAGAAAACUACCACGGCCACACGUGUCAAAUCGCCAAAGUAAAUGGCUGCGAGUCCAACCCAUGCCAGAACGGAGCUACGUGUGUCAACAGUGGUCGUGGUUUCUCAUGCAUGUGCCGGGAAGGUUUCGAAGGACCGCUCUGCCAACAAAAUGUGGAUGACUGUGCUUCUUCGCCCUGCCAUAACGGCGGCCGCUGCAUUGACGGCGUCAACUGGUUCCGUUGUGAAUGUGCACGUGGCUUUGCUGGGCCCGACUGUCGCAUCAACGUGGACGAGUGCGCUUCGAAUCCGUGUGCCCCCGGCAGUGUCUGUGUGGACGCCAUUGGAGAUUUUGAGUGCCGCUGCGCACCCGGCCGCACGGGCAAGCGCUGUAAUGUCGUGCUUGUAACCCCAGCCUCUUACCAGCCAUGCGAAUGGAAAGGCAUCAUGUACCCAGAGGGCAGUCGAUGGCAGGAAGACUGCUCCCUCUGUAGCUGCCAUUCCGGAGCCGUGACUUGCAUUCCCAGCGUGUGCCCAGAAUCCGGUUGCGACCCGUCGGGACCGACAGAGCAAUGCCCACCAGGUGAAGGGUGCUUGUCAGGCCCACCUGCGGAGUCUUGCUUUGUGAGGCCCUGCGCACAAGGCGGGCAGCCCCGAGGCCACUGCGCACCCCUGCUGCCAGGGUUGGCCAACCAGUCGUCCAACUGCCUCCCCAAUGCAGCUGAGCCCAGCAACGCCUGCGCCAAAAUCACGCUUCUCUUCGACCGCCGUCCCAUGGCACCCGGAACCACGGUGGAAUCAGUCUGCAGCAACAUACGUAGACUGUCCGCUCGGCGCUCCAUCAUCAUUCUGUGUGCACAAAAGCUGACCGAUGCAGACAGCAUUGAAGUGACAGUGUCCACGCCGGGUCAUCCAUCAGCAUCAACUUAUGCAACAGUGAGCGAAACGGCACGGUCCUUGGCUGAUGUGAUCAGCCGCAAGCUCACCAACCACACGGUGCUAUCUUCCGUCAUUGAAGUGAAGGUGGAAACAUCCUUCGUGGGCCUUGAUCAGAAAAACACAGGUCGGAGCUACCUGCUCGCUGCAACAGUCACACUUGUCGGAGUUGCCCUUCUGGGACUGCUGGCGGCGUUGACUGUCUGGUUCCUGCGCUCCCACCCGACGCUGUGUCGCUGCCCGCUGCGUGCACCCGUGACAGGCGUCAUACCCAGCGUCAGUGGCAAGCUCGACGGCGGCUCGCCUGAGCCCGACAAAUCCAACAACCAGAAUGAAGAGAAUAUGCGGAGGUACCAGAACCCACUCCGCGCCGCAACGAAUGCGGAUGUCGCCGCGGAGGCCUCGCCAAUAGAUGCACGAAGCGCGGAGCUCUUCAAGCCGCCCUCGCUGGCCGCCUCGAAAAACACGAACAGGCUGUGUGACAACAGCGUCAAACAGUGCGAAAAGGACAACCCACUGAGUGCACCCUGUCCAGCCAAAGUCUUUCCAGUGCCAGACGCGGAUGUGGACACUGUAGUGGUGCUCGUGUGAUGUUGGUCGGACGCUUCUGUGCGUGUGAACUGAUAUGCUCAAUGACAGUUGCCAGUGACGUUCAGUGAUGAGGUGCGCACUUGCCCCGCACUGUGGCCAGCCAUGGUUCCCUCGUCAAAGGAAAUCUUGAUAACGGAGCUGUACCGUUCGGCGGCACCCUCCCUCGUUUACUUGGGCAAGGAGGCCCCAGUGUUCCCAACACGUGUCGCUGGUCGUAAGCGGGGCAGAUCCAAACAUUCCCAGUGUCAACAGCGCCCUGUGCCAAGUCCUGACGACUCUCGCAGACUUUUCACGAGGACAAUUUAUGCAGGUCACUCCUACAGAGUGGUUCUGCCACGUUAAGCUCAGAAGCAACUGAACGCGACUCUUAGAAACAAGUCGCCACUGCGCUAGCCGUCCGUGAAAUGCAGCACUGACAGCUCAAGUGCGCGGUGAAGCCCCUUCUUGCAUGCACACCUUAAGCUCCUGGAUGUACAGUGUAUUCAUACUCGCCAAGAGUGACUAUGUAAAAGUGCUGUCGCAGAACGAGUAAUUUGGUCAGAGGAAUGGCUUUGGCGUGGAAACAAGCACAGAUUAUCUUUAAAAGCAGUACCCUGCACAAAGACAGCAGUGAUACUAUGCAAUGUGUUCAUUUUUUGUAAUAUUGUUCGCGCAAAGGUGCAAGAAUACUCUACAACCAGCUUUCAUCUUUUCCGAUGCGAUGUUCCCAUUCCGUCGCAUCUUCCGUCGUAGGUUUUACAAAUAUGGCUAAAAAAAAAAGUGCUCAGAAAACUAGUACGUUUAGCGUUGGCCCGUCGCGGACGAUUUGUAAGAACUGCCGGUCAAGGACAUUUUUUUUUCCAGCAAGUCUCUAGCGUAGUGAACGUUUCACGUGUACAUAUGUAUAUAGUUAGCUCCGUAUGCGACGCGAGCACUGCAAACUUGGCAGUGUUGUGCACAUCAGGAGUGCCUAAUUUAUAAGGGAAGCAUGCAAUUUGCCCGCCCUGCCAUUUUUUCCGGUCCUUUGCAAAGUGUGCAGCCAAAGAGCUCGCAUUUUCUACCCCCGCCUCCCCCCCGCCAUUUAUGCCCAGUACAAAUUGCACACAACUGGAUCACAUUCCAGCAAACAAGCUACGAACGUACGUCACGUCCAAUGCAAGGUUUUAUAUGCUAGAUCAUGACAGCAACAACACUGCAUUGAAAAAAAAAUAAUUAAGAUAGUAUUCAAUGCCGAUGCAAUUUUCCCAAUACAUCACUGAAACGAUACCUGGAGAAAAUGUGACUGUACUCUUUCACAGUGUUUAUCACAGUAGAAGUUCACCUGACAUGGGAGUGACUAGGACAUUGUGUUAGGGCUCUGCUUUAGCUCAAGCAAAAGAUGUGGCUGAGCUUUACGGGGGACAGUUCUGGAACAACAUGUUCUGAAUUUCACUAGUUGCCGAUGCCAUCUGUGCAAUGUUAACCCCAGAACUUCCCUCUUUUUAUCACCUUAUAGCCUCGGCUGUAUGUGGGGUAACGGGUCUUUGUUAUAACAGAUGGCAAUGCACCUAAGCCAACAUGCGACAAUCAUGCAAUUGUAAUCUUUUGUACAUUUUGACCCACUGCACUACGUUUCUGCCGUCGUCAGUGAGAUAUGGUGCAAGGACCUGAAAAAAAAAAAAUCUUUGUGUAGGGGUACGCUUUAAUGACUAUAUCAGGAGUAUAUUUUAUUAAGGGUUAAACAAACUUUUAUAAUGCGGCUUCCUUCCCUGCCCACUGUUUCUUUUAACAGUGAACCAGACUAUGUGGUGGGCCAAUACAAAACAUAGAACAUGUGUUCCAGCCUUAGAAGUGCUCGCAUUCAGCAGGAAAAGUGACAAGGUAUCGUGCCACACUUUAGCCGAUCCCAUUCCAACUGACACGUCUGCAGUUAUAUUCAAACAUCAAUGCGUUCCCUUUCAUACUGUGCAGGCUGUACUGUUCAAUUUGUUGCAAUAAGCUUGUGAGGCAACGGUUGGUCCAAAGACCGUGCCUUCUUUCACUCCCGUGGCGGAUGGACGACUGCAGUGACAGACUUCCUUUUAGCAAACCUAUCUAAUAAAACUCGUGCUUAGUUUUCUUUUUUUUUCUUUUUCCCGGGAUGUGCUUGAAACGGCAGUCUGAGCAUGUGCGAGAGAUGUAAAAGCCCGAUGUGGUGUCACCAGUUGGCCCCACGGAUCUCCAGUGAAAAAGUGCGUCCCCGUCAAGGACCUUGGCUGCGGAGAGAGAUGCCACGGAAGAAAAACUCUAGUCUAGUCAAGAGUUUCCAUCAAAUGUUACGGAUGCCAAGUCCGCAAACCGUUUUACAGACAGCCCCGUAAGUGCAGCGAAGAAAAUAUCCGCUCACUUUCGGGCUCGCUGCGAAUGGUUUGCGUGGAUGUGUGUGGCACUAUGUUUAAUGGCCUAUGCUCAGAAGUGCGGAUAAAAAAAAAAAUGUGUGUAGUUUUAUGCCAGCUUUGAACUGCUUGAUUGCGAAACAGCCUGUCAAUGUGACUUUGUCCACUGAUUCCAAGCAUUAAAUAUGUUGCAAGCAAAGCA